AUGGCUAGGACAAAGGCUUCGUCCAACUUGCUGAACUUGGUCGAAUCAGACUCAGAAGACGAUCUAGGAGGAGGUACCGCAGCAGCAGCAGCAGCAAAAGCGAAAACAGCAAAAGCAUCAACGACUACAGCGACAAAGAAAACGACAUCCAUCCGCGACAUGCCACCCAAGAAAGGCCGGCAGCAGGCGCCGGCAGCCGCAACGAAAGCGUCAAGCACAGCCAGCAAGAUCACGAAGCCAGCACAGAAGAAGGAGAGCGCGGCAGCGAUACGCAGGAGAGCGGCAGCAGCGGAAGCAGCGAUUGCAGAGGCAGCAGAAGAGGCAGCAGCAACCAGCCGACAGGUACUGGCAGACCGGACCAACGAGCAGCUUGCUGAGGCGGUUGCACCGGCCAAAGCCAAGGGACGGGGACGGACUGGGCGCAAGGCAGCAGCAGCAGCGGCAGCAGUUUCUACAGAGGACGGCGAAGACACAGACGCAGAGACAGCAGCAUCAGCCAAAGCAGAAGAGACAGCAAAAAACCGCGGACGGGGACGGCCCAAGGCUGGUGCACAAGCUGCCAAGGACAAGGACGAGAACAAAGGCAAAGAGGCGCCCAAGGCCAGCAGGAGGAAAGCAGCAGCAGCGGGGAAGAAGGCAGCGGUGGAAGAGGAAGACGAGUCGAUGGAGCAGGACGAGACAGCAGAGGCAGAAGAGGGCGACGACCAGGACGAAGCAACGCAGCUCACAGACAGCAUGGACAUAGACGAGAAGGCCGACGACGAGACGACGAUGCACGCACAGACAGAGGCGCCUCCAGCGACGUCUCAGGCCGGCUUCCAGUCGCCGAUGCGUCGCAGCCAACCAGCACAGCGGCCAUCGUCAGCGCUGCGAGGAAAAGGUGUGGCUGUGUCGUCGGAACCAUCAGGCGACGCGGCCGUACGGCGACGGCUUGGCGACCUGACCAAGAAGCACGACUCGCUCGAGGUCCGGUUCCAGAACCUGCGCGACGUUGGCGUGAAGGAGGCCGAGCGCAACUUUGAACGGUUAAAGAGGCAGGGGGAUGAGAGGGUGAAGAUCUCGGACGAGCUGAUCGCCAGCCUCAGGGCCGAGCUGGCUACGUACCGGGAUCUGGCCAAGGAGGGAGCGCGAGCGAAGCGCGAGUGGGAUGCGUGUGAGGCACGAGCUGCCGAACUGCAAGGACGUGUGGACCAGCUGACGGCAGCGCUGGGCGACGCCAAGGCCGAGGCGCGGUCGCUGACGACGAAGCUGGCGGCCGCGCGCACGUCGGUGGCCGAGGGCGUGGCGGCUGGGGCUGUGGCCGGCGUAGUACCGGGCAGUGCGAUGAAGAAGAUGGCCGGCCACGGUGGUCUGGCAGCCGAUCGAGCUGCUGCUGCUGCGGCAGCCGCGGCCAGUCAGGUCGUCCAGCUCAAGGAGAACCUGUACGGCGACCUGACCGGCCUGCUGGUCUAUUCGGCGCGGCGUGACGGCUCGCGCGAACUGUACGACUGCAUCCAGACCGGUCGCAGUGGCAGUCUGCAUUUCAAGCUCUGCAUCGACAACGACAGCAGCCAUGGCCGCGACGGCGGCGGCGACGACGACAACGAGUCCCAGUUUGUCUAUAUGCCGCAGCUCGACGCCAGCCGUGACGCUGAUCUUAUCAGCCGGCUGCCCGACUACCUGGUCGAGGAGAUCUCGUUUCCGCGGGCGCAGGCGGCCAAGUUCUACAGCCGCGUGGUGCAGUCGCUGAUGGCAGACAAGUAG